CUUUUGAUCAACUACUGAAAAUGACUUGGGUACAUUGAUCUAAAAAUGAAUGGGAACUCAUCAGUGCCAUCUAUAUGAUUUAAGAUCUUCUAUCAUCACCUAUUAAAGCCAAAAUGUCAUUUUCAUUUCUUAUAUGACCGGGUGCUAGUUCUGUUUAGAUAUUACAGAUCAGACUUUAAAAGCCUGAUAUUUCAUCACUAACUAUAAAGUGGCUAUGCAAAGAUAGGCAUUCCUUAGAUGGUGGGGCUAACAACCGGUUCUUCUUCUUCUUCUUCUUCUUCUUCUUGUAGAUUCCUUCAAAACUCUUUAUAUACAGAUCUAAGUGAACUCAGAAAACUAACUCUAUCAUGCAAAUAGUUACAAACAUGGCAAAAACAACUCUACGAGUUCUUCUCAAAGCGUUUAUUAUCUUGAUAUGUGCUGGUUGGGUUUCACUCUGGCUAUUAAAGCCCACAAAUCUUUGGAUACGAAAAUGGCAUGGAGCUGAAGAUAGAGCAAGUUCCACAAUUUUUGGUUAUUAUGGUCUAAACUUUGCAGUUUAUGCAUUUCCUGGAAUUGCUCUGGCUAUCACCGGACUUUUCUACUUGAGCUUGCAGCCUGUGGAGACAAGGAGGAGACAAGCAAGGAGUUCAGCUACUGCUUUCUCAAAUCCUGUGGUUGUAAACAGUUUUGUUGGUAUUCUAUCCAGCCUUGAGAUUCUUGCAAUUGUUUCUAUUCUUGUCUUUCUAGCAUGGACCUUUUAUGCCCGCAUCUCCAAUGAUUUUGAGAAGUUGAUGCCAAUCAAAUCAAUGAAAUUGAAUUUAUGGCAGCUGAAGUAUCUGAGGGUGGCAACCCGGUUUGGUUUGUUAGCAGAGGCUUGCCUGGCUUUGCUACUUCUGCCAAUCUUAAGGGGACUGGCUGUGUUUCAGUUAGUUGGCAUCCAGUUUGAAUCAUCUGUAAGGUACCAUAUAUGGCUUGGAAGUGCAAUGAUAUUCUUUGCCACUUUUCAUGGUGCAAGCACCUUGUUUGUCUGGGGCAUAAGCCACCACAUUCAAGAUGAGAUAUGGAAAUGGCAGAAAACAGGCCGGAUAUACCUUGCUGGGGAGAUUGCUCUUGUUUCAGGAUUAGUAAUGUGGAUCACAUCCCUUCCCCAGAUAAGAAGGAAAAAGUUUGAAAUCUUCUACUACACACACCAUUUGUACAUAAUCUUCCUGACAUUCUUCUUGCUUCAUGCUGGAGAUCGACAUUUCUACUGGGUCUUCCCUGGGAUAUUUCUCUUUGGCCUCGACAAGCUACUUCGAAUCAUACAGUCAAGGCCAGGAACAUGUGUUCUUGCAGCAAGAAUAUUUCCGUGUAAAGCUAUUGAGCUUAUUCUUCCUAAGGAUUCAAGUCUGAAAUAUACUCCAUCAAGCAUAAUAUUUAUGAAGGUACCAAGCAUAUCCAAAUUCCAGUGGCAUUCCUUCAGCAUAAGUUCUAGCUCAGUUGUUGACAGUCAAACGAUGUCUGUUCUAAUUAAAUGUGAAGGACGGUGGACAAGCUCUCUCUAUAACAUGAUACAGGCUAAGUUAGAUGCUGAUCAGGUGAAGUGCAUGCCUAUCGCAAUCGAAGGUCCUUAUGGACCUUCCUCACUGAAUUUUCUAAGAUAUGAUAGUUUAGUUUUGGUAGCAGGGGGAAUUGGGAUAACGCCAUUUCUGAGCAUUUUGCUGGAAAUUGCUUCUCCCAAGAGCAGCAAUAGAUGUAUACUCCCUACAAGAGUAGAGCUUAUUUAUGUGGUAAGGUCAUCCCAAGAAAUUUGUCUGUUGAACUCAGUCUCCUCUCUACUCCUUAAACAGGAAUCUGAGAAGUUGUAUCUUAAACUAAAAGUUUUUGUGACCCAAGAAAAGCAGUCUACUUCGACAAUAGAGGAGCUACUAGAGAAGUCAUUGUCUCAAAUACAAAUGGUCAACUUGGAAACGGAUGGUUCAAGUUAUGCGGUGCAUGGAGUAGAAGGUUUACCGUGGAUGGCUGCCUUAAUUGGAAUUUCGUCCAUUGUUUUCCUUGGGAUUCUGAUUUGUUUGAAUCGCAUGUUGAUUCCUAGUGGAAAGAAGGAUGUUAAGCGGAAAAGUCCCUCUUGGAUUGCUGAUGUAGUUAUAAUAUCUUCAUUCAUCAUUGCUAUAUGUUGCAGCACAUUGGUGGCAAUUGUUUUGAGAUGGAGAAGGCUUAACAAAGGGAUAAUGCGGGUAACCCAGAAACAAGGUAAAUCCGGUGAAGAGAAGUGGAAGAAUAGUGUUGAGGAACAUGAAAUACAUUUUGGAAGAAGGCCUAAUUUUGUUGAAGAGAUAUUGGAUGCAUUUGUAAACAAAAGUGGGAGAGGGUGUAAUGUCGGAGUCGUGGUGUGUGGACCGGAAUCAAUGAAGCAGUCGAUAGCAUUGAUUUGCCAGCAGAAAUGUCCAAGUCUGGAGAAACAAUACUUGGGUUUCCAUUCCCUCAACUUCACAAUCUAGCUUCAUUUUGAUCAUCCUAGUUAAAUUAUAAGAGAAGAGUUUUUCUUGCUAAUGUUGUCCAAGUAGUAUAUAAUGUUUUAGACAUACGGAUUAAUAAUCAGGAUUGUUGUAAUGGAGGAAUUAAGGGAGUGUAACACACACACGCA